AUGGUAAACCAUCUUGAUACGGAAUAUGAUUACGGAUCAGUAAUGCACUAUGCACCAACUGCAUUCAGUAAGAACGGAAAACCAACGAUAGAGCCACGAAAGAAGGGUGUCGAAAUUGGGCAGCGCCAUGGAUUCAGUGAACUGGAUUUGUACAAGAUUAAUAAGUUGUAUAAUUGCCCUCAGUCUGAAACACCACCGAGCUCACUGCAAAAGACGAUGAUAGGAAGUAAAACGGAAGUGGAUACGUCAAGUUCAACGUCAACAACGGAUCCAGAUGAUGUUGAUGCUACUCUCGUGACAAGUAGCCCUACAGUUACCACAGAGAGCGAGCUGCUUCAAAUACUCACUAAAACAUGUUCUGACAGAUCGUGGUGUGAACGAUGGGCAAGUAAUGGAAUGUGUACACAGCUGAUAUUCAGAGACUAUAUGAAGACAAAGUGUCAAAAAAGUUGCCAUCAUUGCUAA